AUGGCUGAAGUCCCCGAUAUCGAGGCCUCCGGGACCGCCUUCACUGUUUUGAAGCAGAAGCUCGACCUGGACUUCAACUUCUGCCCGCGCUUCGUCAAAGGAAAAGCUACAAUCGAGAUCCAACCACAGUCGCAAAACUUGCGCACGAUUCAGUUCAACUGCCGCCAGCUGAAAAUCAAGGCUAUCCGCGUGGAUGGACGCAGUGUUUCGGCGCCUGGCGAUAUAGGCUACGAUUACUCCGACUUGUACAAGCGCUUGAAAUUACACCCCGGCACAGAUAUCUAUCAACACCAUUUCCCGAGAGCUCGUAUACGUAGACAUGCGCAGAACCAGGAGAUCGAGUUGGAGAUUUCCAUCCCGAAAGGGGUGGAUAUAGUUCCAAUGCGCGCGGAGGAUGCAACGAUGGACCAGGUGGCGGCGGCGAACAGUUUCGGAUCGCUUGGAGAGAGUCUGUACGCGCCCAUAAAUGUGGAGAUAGAAUACUAUUUGAAGGACUUCCGGGAUGGACUGCAUUUCGUGGGUGUGGAGGAUGGCGACGCGAGAUAUCCUCACGUGUAUACGCGGAAUUCCCCAUUCACAGGCAUGGCCUCAUCAAUAUUUCCCUGCGUGGAUGAUGGUGUGACGAAAUGCCCAUUCGAAAUUUCGAUACGCUAUCCGCGAACUUUGGGGGAUACUUAUUCGAAGCCUCAGAAGAAGCCUCAGAAGAACGGCGUCGUUCCUGAGUCGGGCGAAUCACCAAAGGCGGAUAGCGUUAUGAGCGAUGUGGACGACGAUCCAGCAGAGUUUUCAGAGGAAGAGAAGGGAUUGGAAAUGGCCGUCGUUUGCUCCGGGGAACUGACCGAUGACAUUUCGGACCCGAACGAUCCUACGCGAAAGACUGCGAGCUUUACAUGUGCCGUUCCCAUUCUUCCUCAGCACGUCGGAAUUGCUAUUGGGCCCUUCCAGGUUGUCGAAUUAUCCGAAUACCGAGACACACAAGAUGACGAACGAUUGGGAUCCAAUGCUAUCCGGGUCCACGGUUUCUGCCUUCCAGGACGAGCCGAAGAAGUGCGUAACAGUGCUAUGAUACUAGCUCGGACCCUGGACAGCUUCACAGAACGUUACCAGAGCUAUCCCUUUGAAAAGGCAUUCAAGCUGGCUUUUGUGGACGAUCUCGACUGCGACGUGGCACACUCUGCAUCCCUCUCGAUAUGCAGUUCCCAGCUCCUUUUCCCGGAAACGGUUUGGGAGCCCUUGGAGGCAACUACAAGGACUCUCAUCCAUGCCGUUGCAAGUCAAUGGAUAGGCGUCAAUGUAACACCACAGCGUCCAAAUGAUCACUGGAUCAUCGUUGGUGGAUCGUGGUUCAUGACUGAGUUAUAUCUGCGCGAACUGUUCGGCCGCAACGAUCACCGAUACCGUCAUAAAAUCAUGGCGGAUAAGGUCAUGGAAUUAGACACUCGCCGACCGUCGCUGUUUAACCUCGGUGAAUACCUGGCAUUGGAUUCUGGGGAGCGCAAUUUCAUGGAAAUCAAAGCUCCUCUGGUUCUAUAUAUUCUACACAACCGACUUGUAAAGCAGAGCGGCAAAAAUGGCGUGGAUCGUUGCUUGUACCGACUCCUCUUCAAUGCCAGGAACGAGAAGUUGCCCAACGGUAUCAUCAGCACAGAUCAAUUCCUGGAAAUUUGCGAAAAGGUUGGGCAUCAGAAGCUUGACACGUUCUUUAACCAGUGGAUCCACGGCUCUGGGUGUCCUACUUUCGAAUGUCACCCCUCUUUCAACAAAAAGAAGCAAGUCAUUCAGUUGACCAUCAAGCAGACACAAGGCGAUUCGUCAUUGAACCCGGACGACCGCACGGUGACGCCCCAAGAGCUGUUCAGAGAGGCCAAAGAGAAGGCCAAUGGCUUUCGGCCUAGCGCAGAUUGGCCUGCUUUCGUCGGUACCAUGACUAUACGGGUUCACGAGUCUGAUGGAACUCCAUAUGAACACAUCGUGGAUAUUAAUAGUUCCAUUGUCAAGGUUGAAAUACCCUAUAACACAAAAUAUAGGAGGAACAAGCGGAAUAGACUUCGAAAGGAGCAAGAAGCAGCUGAGAAGGGCCAGGCCCUUGAAGGGGAGACACAGGACGACACACCGAUAUACCAGUUGGGAAAUCUCCUCCAAAAGCCAGAGGAAAUAAGUGAGUGGAGGCUUGAUACUUGGUCCGCAGAGGAUGAAUCCCGAAUGGAGCAAGAGUCCUAUGACUGGUUAAGGGUCGACGCCGACUUCGAGUGGAUUUGUAAGGCCAACAUCAACGACAUGCCAGCCUACAUGUAUGUUGCUCAACUGCAGCAAGAUAAGGACGUUGCUGCGCAGAUGGAGUCCAUCCAGUGGCUUGCACUGAAGGAGGGACAUCCGCUUAUUUCCAGCAUCUUGGUGAAGACCUUGAUGGAUGACAGAUAUUUCCAUGGAGUCCGGACCCUAGCCGCAGAGGUCAUGGCAAACAGUGCAAAGGAAAGCCUUCGCUGGAUCGGCCUUUUCCAUCUGAAGAAAGCGUUCCGAGAGCUUUUCUGCAUCGAUGACACUUUGAUGACCCGCUCAAACGACUUUUCUGAUCGCAGCACCUACAUUAUCCAAUGCGCAAUUCCGAAGGCCAUUGCCAGGAUUAGGACUGUUGAUGGAACCGCACCAUUGGAGGUAAAGCGGUUCUUACUCGACAUGAUGCGCUACAACGAUAAUCGCGGGAAUGAUUUCAGUGAUGAUCAUUACCUUGCAACCCUUAUGCAGUGCUUGGCACAAGCACUUGCCACCACCAAGAAGGGAGCUACGGAUCAUGAUCCCACUUUAAGUCUCGAGCAAGAGAAUGAAGAGUUUGAAUUCAGGAGAAAAGCUAUUGAAGAGCUUCAUCGUCACAAACGACUCGAUGAAUGGAUUCCGACAUAUCAUAAUAUCUACACCACGACUGCACUCGAGUGUGAUCUUUUAUUAAUGCGUAACGGUGUCGUCCCCCUCAAGCCUUCGGAUUUCUUGCAGUACACACGAAUUGGCAAUGCAGAUAAUGUGCGGCUUAGAGCAUGGAAGUGCUUGAUCGAGCUUGGAGUGAUACGCUCUGACAGCAUUCUCAAGUACAUCCUCAACGAUAUAUCCUCCGAUCCAUCGCCAGCUUUUCGUCGAGGCCUUCUUGGUAUACUCAAUUAUGCUUUUGGGCAGGUUGCUGUAGGCGAUGUAUUCAAGCCAAAGCAAUCAGAGAGCCAGCCGAUGUUUGACCUAAAGAUUGAACAACAUGUCGAAGGCCCCUCGGACCGUGAAGCAGAGUUGGCAAGGAGAAAGCUCGAGGGUGCCCUCCGUGCUCUUAAGACAGAGUACGCUGGGAAUGAGACGCUGCGCCACUCGUUGGAGAAAGCGCUGUUCAGCACGACAACAUCAGUAUACGAUGCUGCUGAGCUUUUGGAAGUAUGCAGUGUCUUCUAUUCACCACACAGCAAACUGCCUGUCACAAUCAAGUAUCCCAAGUACUGGCGAGUGCAACAUCUGGGUAACGCCAAUAUGCGAUUCUACCAUUCCGAUAAAUACAGGACGCAGCCAAAGGUGACGCUGGAGUCCCUCAUGCCUCAAAAGCAGGUACUGCUGCCUCCUGCGCCACCAUUGCCUAUCCCACCACCGCCGUCGGCUACGGCACCACCACCACCAAAACUCAAACUACAAUUCAGUGGAUUCAAACCGAAGACUCCAACUGUAUCGGAGCAUCCGUCACCAGCCGUUGCAGCAGCAGCAGCUCCCCCAACAACUACCGCUCCUAAACCUUUGGUUGUUGCUCCUCCUGUUCCACGUGCUCCCAACCCACCCAUAAAGUCGGAGCCUGAGUCCAAACCGUCUGUCCCAAUCCUGAAAAUACCCAUUAAACCGCCAAAGGUUCCAAAACCAUCAAAAUCACCAGCUCCACCUGCAUCUGUAGGGCCAUCUGCGCCUUCGCCCAAGCCCUCGCCCGCGCCCUCACCGGCACCUGCGCCGUCCUCGAAACCUAAACCUCAACCACCGGCCAGCCUUCCAAAACCGAAACCAGCCCCAUCUCCAAUCUCAGUGUCGGCACCUGUGCAAGCCAAAGCAACGCCACCACCCUCCCAACCGCCUGGCCCGAAGAUCAAGUUCAAGAAAGCCCAGCCUUCGCCUUCAACCGCAGCCGCUAUGUCAGCCGCUCUGUCCGCCUCUUCUUCGCCAUCGUCCACUUCUCUCACUCCUUCGAUUGCAGCUCCACCCCCUCGAAAGCCUACAUCGUCGACACCUUCCCUUAUCGUGAAGUUGCGUCUCCGACCGGCCCUUCUCUCUAAGAUUGCCCAGGAUCAACGUCUCUCAUCUGGCAUCAAGCGUAAAGCCUUGGAUCAGGCCGAUGGCCAACCAAGCUUGAAACGCCAAGCGAGCACCGACAUAGGUUUCGCUGCUGGUGAGCCCAUGGACGGUAUCGUCAAUGGCACUCCGGUCCGUAAACCCAGUCUCAAGAUCGGAUUCAAGAGCGCAGAUAAAUCGUCGGCACUCAAGGAGAAGAAGAAAAAGAGGCCGAAGAUGAUUGUCAAAUUGAAGAUUGGCAGAGAGAACUGCAGAGCCAUCAGGCAAAAGGAGAAGAUCAAAUUAAGUCAGGCGUCAAGUUCCACGCAGGCAUCGUCAUCGACUCUAGGGUGA